AUGCAGGUUAUGUCGUGGAUGGCAUCGAUCACAAGUUAUGCGCAAAAUUGUAAUCUUCAUACAGAGGCUGUUAAUCUCUUCUGCGAAAUGAUUACCCAAGGUCGCGUCCAACCAAAUCCUUUCACUUUCUCGAUCGCAUUCAAGGCGUGCGGAAAUCUUGCACAUCCACGGGUAGGUAAACAGGUCCUUGGUCAUGCCUUUAAGAGAGGUUUUGCUUCGAAUAACUGUGUGGCAAACUCGGUUAUCAGCAUGUUUGUCAAAUGUGACAGUUUGGAAGAUGCUAGGAGAGCUUUUGAGCUUUUCCCUGAGAUCACUGAGAGAGAGAAUUUGGUGUUAGCUCUUUCACAUUUUUCUAGCUUGUUGAGUGGAGUUGCAAGUAUUGGUUCGAUGAGAAAAAGCGAGCAAAUCCAAUCCCAGGUGCUUAAUCUUAUCCACCCAUCUGCAACGCUUUGA